UGUGAUGAAUGGGAUGAGAGGAGAAAUCAGAGAAUACACAAACAGACGGCUGAAGAAGUGAGGCGUUCGAUGGAGCGAAAAGAGGUCGUGAUUUGACAUCUCUGUCUGAUAAAUAAUAUCAACGAACUGGCAAUCGUUCAUAUUUAAACAUAAUUUACCAUAGCAUUUCAUAUUCGCCCGGCAUCUUAGAUGCUAGCUGCUUGUCUGAUUUGGUACUAGAGAUGGUGGAGCCAUGAGAAUGCACCAAGUCUUUCCGCGAAAACAGAUGGGAGAUGAAGCCGACUCGACAAAAAAACAUAUUCCCCUGUAGCUAAAAAUGAGUUUAUUAUUGUUGCAGAUGUAUUUGUGAUGUUAGUGCCAUGCAAUGAUGCGUUUGAUAAGCUGUAGUAGAAUAGCUGCUGGAGGAAUUUUGAUGGCACUUACGACGCCAGGGAAAGAGGCAACGAGUAAAUUGUGCUAUUUUGAACAGUCGGGCCUUACAAAGUGACAUGCAGGAAUGAAUGUUCAGCAUUUUUCUCGCCCGAGGAUAACUGUAUGCGGUGCAGGCAGCUGGUCACAUUGAAAGCGGCGGUGUCUUUGGAGAGUAGCGAAAUACAAGGCAGCGGAGAGGAGCGCCGAGCUGUAAUACCUAAGUCCGUCUAGAACCAAGUGGAUAUUUUAAGACUAUUUUAGCAGCCAAGAUAAGAUUUUGUUCUGCCAAUAUUAAUGCAAGCGGUCCCUAUUUACCUGCCUUAUAAGUGUAAAAUGAGGUUCGCGCUACAUUGAAAUUAAAAACAGUUUCUGUCAAUCAUGUAUGUGGUCCUUGGUAGCCAACAUUAGCUUAGCUGCUAUCGUCGUUGAGCAUGAUUGAAAAGUGCAUAUCAUUUAUCUAACGUCAACACCGAUGUUUUCGAUCCUCAUGCAUGCACCGACACGUUUGUUUGGGAGAGCUUUCAACCAACACCCACAGCGUAUAACAGACGAACAGGCUAUGUCGGCGUGAAGGGAACCACACUGACUAUCUCGAGUACCCCGUCAAGCCAUAGCCGUCAACAGCGUUGUGAAGAACCGAUUAUUGGAGAGGAAAACACAGUAGCCUGUUCAUUCCCGCGUUGGAGCCCUCGGCGACCAGGGCCUGAAUCCCUUCGAUUAACCGACCAAGCAAAAUGGGAGAGCAGCCUAUCUUCAGUACGAGGGCACAUGUCUUCCAGAUCGACCCCACCACCAAGAAGAACUGGGUCCCCACCAGUAAACACGCUGUCACAGUCUCCUACUUCUACGACAGCACGCGCAACGUCUACCGCAUCAUCAGUCUGGACGGCUCUAAGGCAAUCAUCAACAGCACCAUCACCCCCAACAUGACCUUCACCAAGACCUCCCAGAAGUUUGGCCAGUGGGCUGACAGCCGAGCCAACACCGUCUAUGGCCUGGGCUUCUCCUCAGAGAACCACCUGCUCAAGUUUGCAGAGAAGUUUGCAGAGUUUAAAGAGGCGGCCCGAUUAGCCAAGGAGAAAUCCCAGGAAAAGAUGGAACUCACCAGCACCCCCUCUCAGGUCACUGCACUAAAAAAGAAUGUGCUCUCAGUACCUCACAAAGUACCUCCCAGAGUACCUCACAAAGUACCUCCCAGAGUACCUCUCAGAGUACCUGUAAAAAAUAAGGAGUCAGCCACUGGUGACCUGCAGUCACCUUUGACCCCGGAGAGCAUCAACGGCACUGAUGACGAGAGGGGCACCACCCCUGAAAUGCCGCAGCACCCACCCGAGCCCCGUCCCGAGCCGUCUCAGAACCAACUGCCCUUCUCCCACAGUUCGUCCAGUAUUAACAAGCACUGGGAGGCCGAGCUGGCAGCCCUGAAGGGCAACAAUGCCAAGCUGACAGCAGCUCUGCUGGAGUCCACAGCCAACGUCAAACAGUGGAAACAACAACUGGCUGCUUACCAGGAGGAGGCUGAGAGACUUCACAAACGGGUGACAGAGCUGGAGUGUGUUAGUGGUCAGACGCCAGUCAUCAAAUCCCAGAAGACUGAGCUCAACCAGACGAUAGAAGAACUGGAGUCAGCAUUAAAGGCCAAGGAGGAGGAACUAGAGAGGUUGAAAGAGGAAGUGGAGAGUGCUAAUGAGUUCCAGACUCUGAAGGAAUCGCUAACACAUAAACUACAGGAGACUGAGGAGCGGAACCAGACGUUGGAGGCCCAGUUGGGGGAGUUGGAGCUGCAUCUGGAGGGCAGUCAGCUAGAGAGCGAGGCCUUCAGGAAGAGUCUGCGGUCCCUGCUGGAGCUGCUGGACGGGAAGAUCUUUGAGCUGACAGAGCUCCGAGACAGCCUAGCCAGACUCAUCGAGGACAGCAGCAGCUAGAAGAGACGAGAAGUGCUACGACAGAGCCCCCAAGUGGAGCACCAUCGCCACCAUAAUAACAUAGUGACUGGAGAAUGAAUUGUAGUGCACGAGGGCACUGUAUGAAAAUAUUCACACACUGUUAUUGGUACAAACACAGUCAUUAUUCUUCACUAACAUGCACAUAAUCAAGCAUGUGUUGAUUAUGCCACAUGCUUGAACAUAAUUGUAAAUAGAUAGACUUGCUCGCUUGGAUUCUCUAGUUUUGGCUAAUGUUCACUACAUAUUGCUGGUACACCUGUAUACUAUAUGAACAUACUCACACACUUUAUACACACACACACUUCAGAGGUCCUGUUGAGGCUUUGCUUGGGCCCUGCCUUCCAUCUCUUUGCUCUCCCUGUGGGAUGUUCUUUACACAUUACAGACUGCAAGCUGCUCAGAUAUCUAUUUUCUCUCUGCUUUUUUUUGCCAAGUCUGGCUAGCAUUCCAGAGGAUGUUGAAUAUGGUGGGUUAUUUUACUUUGGGUUUUUCUUCCAUUACAGACACAAUUAACAGAAAUAGGAAGCCCUCAUUUUCUAUAUUUAUUUGGUGCAAAGUUCAGUUGCUGGUGGAUGUUUUUGUUUAAUCUUUGCUGUUGUCCGUCAUGGGUUCAGGUCUGUUUUCUAACUAUUCUGCAUAUACCACUUUAUUAUUCAGUUAUUACUACAGUACUAUUAUUGCUCUGGUUACUAUGGAGAUAUCAUUGUCAGCCAAAUGGACAGUGCGAUUAGAUGAGGUCAUGGAGAUGUAGACAGUUGUACUCACGGAUCCUUACAGCGUUUCACUGGACUCUACGGCCGUUUGCUCCGAGGCCCCAUCUAACACUGGGCUAGGACUAAGGGUCAGAGGUCAGACAGAUGACCUCCCAGUGACCUUGUUUUUAAAUGCUCCUAAUGUCCUCCUAUCACAACAUUUCCAUGGAGAUUAAAGAAGAAUGUGGCAUCUUGUCCAAGAUUGAGGACCGAUCUGGGACAACCUUCUAUACUAAAUGAGCAAUAUAAAGAGAGAGCGUCAAGAGUAAAAAUACACAUUUCAGUCUCGCUUUCAGGUAUUUUCCUCCUCUUCUGGGAAAUGUAAGGAGAGACCAGGUGGAAACAACGCCAACCCAAGACCAGAAGCUGGGGUUUGGGUCAGCAGUUACUACAAGUCUUUCCUUUCUAUAAACUUUUUUAUUACAAAUACUAAUAUAACAAAUUUAUAGUGCACUUGUGAAAAUGGAAUUGAAUGUUUGGGUGAAUCUAAAACUAUUUUUCUUUAUUUUCCCCCUCCUUGUUUCUGUUACAACUUGAAGUGCAGUGAUUGAUUGGUUCCUAUGUUUUCCCUUAAUUUAUUAUUCCAGAUAUAUUAUAACCACAGAUUGAGAAUUUUAUGAAGCAAAUUUUUGUUUGAACUUAAUGAUUUUCAUGUCUGGUAUGUGGGUGUCAAGGUAGAUUUUUUUAUUUAUUCUUUUUUUUUUUGGUGUAAAAAAAAACGGGCAAUAUUUUUGAACUACUUAAAAAGGAAAUGGAUUUACAGAGACCCUUGUGCAUAGCAUGUGUGGUUUGCAGAGACAUCAUUUCCUUUUGCCAAAUGUUUUCCUGUACAGAAUAUGAAUUUUGCUGACAUUGCCUUUGGUACAAAGAUGCAUCAAUGGUAGCUAACUACGGAACUUUUGUCGGGUUUACUAUUGCCAAAAAUCUGUGAUAAUGUAUAAAAAAAUAAAACUAUAUGUAUACCUGAAGAACACUAUUUAAGGGCUUGUUGGUUCUGGUAUCUUUGAGAGAUUUGAAUGUGGUUUCUGGGUUGGUUGGCGUUUUCAAUUAUGAUCUGUACUACAAUUUGAAAGGGAAUAAUGUUUGAGUAAUAAUUUUAAAUGAUUAUACCACAUGCUUAAACAAUUAAUUGAGUUUAUAGUAAAAUGUAAAAAAAAAAAAAAAAAAAAGUGUUGUCAUUUUUCACUAUCUGAAUGUUCCUCAUUUUCUCUAAUCUGCACUCACUUCAGUUCCUGUCCUGAUGCUUCUUGUAUAACAUCACAUCCACUCACUGCCUUAAAGGGGAUUGUUUGGCUUUUUUUUUAAUGAAAUACUAUGUGGUUGACCUCAUGU